AUGCAAGAAACGCCGAUUAAGAGGCUAAUGGAAUCAAAAUUCACCAUGGUUGAAUGCAUAACACCACCAAAGGAAGAUCAAGAGAUGGAUAAAAAAUCUGAAAAUUCAAGCAAUGAUCUGCGCAAAAGUAGAACCCCAGAUCCUCUCAAAGUUCCCAAGGCAUUUAAGCACCCUGAAAGGUAUAGAAGCCCUACUGAUCUUAUAAUCUCACCUAUUACAAAAGGCCUUCUUGCAAGAAACAGAAAGGGUGGUGCUCUCUUGCCACCAAGUUUGAAUCAGCCCAAGGCGCAGCAGUGUAGCAAACACAGCAUUUGGAAGAUUAUGUUACAGCAUCCUAUCUUUUGUCCAACAAGAAGAAACUUACUCGAGCUAACGAGCACUGUAAAAUCUAGCAUACUAACAUUCAUACAUGGAAUCGGCUGUUCUUAA